UAUUUUUCAUCCAAUGUUGAUAAUGCUUAUAAGAGGAGAGAAAGCUUGAAUAAAUACAGACUUACCUCUACUAGAAAAAAACUUUCCGCAGUAUCUCAUACAGAGAAAUAUAUUUGUAAAAAGUAUAUAAAUGAAAGAAAGUAUCAGUGUACAAUGUGUCUUAGAUAUUUUACAAACAAUAUUGUUUUGAAGCGUCAUCUUUUCAUGCACAUUAGGAGGAUACCAUUUUCCUGUCGUAUCUGCAAACAACCAUUUUUCUCAGAAGAUACAUGGAAGAAGCACGAAACGAAACAUGGCAUUCGACAUAAAGAAGUAACGAAACCUCUUAAUUCAUCUACGAUACAGUCAGAAAAUCUCCAGGAAAGUUGCUCAAAGAAGCGCAAGAAGAAGAGGACGAGGAGGAAGAAACCUCUCAGGAUUCACACGUGUAACCUUUGUGGUAAGAGUUAUAGAAGGACAAAGCUUUUUAUAUUACAUUGUAAAUAUCAUUUUUACAAGAAGCCUUUUAAGUGUGAAAUUUGCAAAAAAGAUUUCAUAAAUAGACGUGGGUAUAAGCAUCAUAAACUCAUACAUUCUGACAAAACACCAUACUCUUGCGCCAUUUGUGAAAAUAAAUAUAAAUAUAAAGAUGCUCUAAGGAUGCAUUUAAUAUCUCACAUUGCAGAAAAACUUUAUCGUUGCAAUAUUUGUGAGAAAAGUUUUAAACACCACUGUAGUUUAUACAGACAUCAAAAAUGUCACAUUGAAAUAUUCCCGUUCGAGUGCAAUAUUUGCAGAAAGAAAUUUAAACUUGAAAAAGGUUUAGAAUUUCAUCAGAAAGAAAAAUGUAAAGAAUUUCAUCAUUUUUGUAAUAUCUGCAAGAAAGGAUUUGAAUUUCAAUGUCGUCUAAAUGUACACAAUGCUAUUCACCAUAAUAAUAAUAAAAGGCCUUUCCGUUGCUCCAUUUGUGACGAUAGAUUUAAAAUUAAACCUGAUCUGAAAAUUCAUAUGAAGAGAAAACACUUUGAAUAGAAGGAAAAUUAUAUUCCCCAUUUUCCUCAUUCAAAAUUAAAUUUAGGUAUUUCACAUGUUUGGGAGAAGAACUUCAAAGAAAGAAAUGUGAUAUUUUUCAUGUCUCUGAAAGUGGUAGAUGGUUACAGAGAAAAUUUUGCAUAAAAUGUUUACAUUUAAAAUAAUAUUUCGUUGUAAC